AUGAAACUUCCGGCGGGUGUUUCAUUCUGUAACGCGCAGCGGCGGAUCGGUUGGUUCCGGAGGUUCCGCUGGCCCGGGUUCGGUUCCGAGUGUGGCGAUGGCGGCGCUUCACCCCGGAGACCCGCAGCUGGUGCCGAUGAUCGUCAGUCACCUGAAGACGGAGGGUCUGUUCGAUCAGCUCCGCAGAGACUGUCUGGCGGACGUGGAUACAAAGCCGGCGUAUUUGCACUUACGACAGCGAGUCGAUAACUUCGUGUCCAACCAUCUGGCGAACCACACCUGGAGCCCACAGCUGAACAAGAACCUGCUGAGAAACAGCAUCCGACAGCUGGUCCUGCAGUCCGGGAUGCUGGAGCAGGGAGUGGACAGGAUCGUGGCUCAGGUCGUCGAUCCAAAGGUCCAUCACUCCUUUCGGCCGCAGGUGGAGCGUGUCGUCCGGAAGUUUCUGUCUCCAAACGGCCACAUAGAGGAGGAUGAACUUCCUCCUGUAGCUCCGCCCCUUCCUGCGGAAAACCAGGAAGCUGAACUGCUGACCGCAGAUGACGGAAAUGAUGCCGCUGGGAGCUCCGGCGCUGAUGUUCAGAUCCCAGAGACCAGCGGCACUGACCCGAGCCACGAGCACAAAGAGGAGGAGAUGGACAUCAGCCUCCCCGAGGAGGAGCAGCACACCGCAGAGACGAUGGAGGAGCCGGAGGAACCGCAGCCUGAGGAAGAGGAAGAGGAGGAGAGAAGUGCCGAGCUGAAGAUGAAGGACGCGGGGAACAGCAGUAAAUCCUCAGGGAAGAUCAGAGAGGAGAACCGCGACACUGACUCCCAGAAACCCUCCAGCGUCAAACAGAGGACCAGAGAGAGACUGAGAGAAG